GGUCCGUAUGGCGUAAACUCUCACUGUGCUGAACUAUAUUGAAUGGUCAACAUAUUUUGGUGAACGUUGGCUCCCGUGUAGUUCGUUUACAGCAUAUCACAGCGAGUUUUGGAUGACAUUUAUGUGCCACCUUUGGGGAUUACAUCAACCAAAGCUACUGGAUUUGUCUCUGGGGGAGUCCAAGCCGACCGAUCGUAGACAACUGUGAUAUCGACACAGGCACGGUGUCCGGUUUCUCUCACAGCAAAGACAGCAAACGUUUUCAUCUGGACAGCAUUUCGCCUCGUCAUCGUCCGCCGUGCCGGUGGACAUACAGACAGACGCGAUGAUGUGCAGUGAGGCGAGACGAUGGUGCGAGAGAGCUGCCCGGUCACUGCGGUCGUGCUGCAUGGUCGCUGUUGUCAUGGCGAUUUUGGGAAGCUGCGGAUCAUUGGCGUUGUCUUCGCAGCUUCAUUCUGGUCAGGCGAUGCUGCCAGCCGACCCACCACCGACAGAUAUCUUCAUGCCCGGUGUCACGCCGAUACAGCAUGAUCAGUAUUUUUGCACAAUGAAGAAGAUGGAUACAGAGCAAGACGUUUACAUCACUAAGUUGGCAGCACAUGCAAAAAUGCAAGAUGCACACCAUAUGAUAGUGUUUGGUUGUAUGUCACCAGGGAGCAACAAGAAAGUUUGGGACUGUGAGUACCUUGAAGUGUGUGCAAAAAUCCGGGUUAAAAAUACUCUAUGCAUGGGCGAAGAAUGCACACCUACUGUUUUGCCUUCAGAUGUGGGAUUCAAGAUCGGCAGCACGAGUGAGGUGAACUACUUGGUUCUUCAAGUUCACUAUGCCACCGUUCGUGAACAGUAUGUCCAGUUUGUGCCACUUCCCAUGAUAGAGGCACAAUACUUCCUAUUGAUUGAAAUAUCUGACAAGGAUUAUGAUAGUUUUCAACAAUACUUGGCUGGUAUUUUCCUACUGGCAGCUGAUAUGCGGUGGACUAUAAGCGCGAACAUGCCAAAAGUGCACGUUGACAUAGCGUGUCGACUUGGUGGGCCAAUGCCGAUACAUGCCUUUGCAUACAGAGUACAUGCACACUCAUUAGGGCGUGUGGUCACGGGAUACAAGGUGACCAACGGUGCAUGGUCAUUAUUAGGCAAGGGUAACCCACAGUGGCCACAGUCUUUUUACCCAAUGGAUGAACCAAUUACCAUCAACCCAAAUGAUUUCAUGGCUGCCAGAUGCACGUUUGACUCUAGAGGCAGAAAUCGCAUCACGAAUAUCGGGUCGACAGCGAACGACGAGAUGUGCAACUUCUACGUGAUGUUCUACACGGACGCGAAGCGCGGCGUCCCGUACGGCGAGUGCUCCUCCUACAUGCCGCAGAUCUCCGAUCACCUGCCCGCCGCCUCCGACGUGCCUCUCCCUCCCAACCCGCUGCUCGAGGAGGCGACAUCCGCGGAGCACCACGACGGCAGCCGUGAGGGCCACCUCUCCGACCUCGACCAGAACUUGCGGCAGGCGUACAACCGGCUGCAGCCGACUCUCUUCGAUGACGUCGGUGAGAAUUACUUUGAGCCGGAGUACAACGAUGAUUAUGAGUACUAUCAGGGUGGAGGCGGCGACCCUCGUUACCGUGACCGCGCCUCGCUGCUCAGCCGGCUGUUACCGUACGGUGACCGCGACUAUAACAGCGACAGCUUGUGGAAGCUCGAUGACCCGAGCGGCGGGCCGCGAAAAUCGACUAACUGGCCCGCGGAUGAUGCUACUAACACCCUACAUGCUGAGCAUCCAGCAAUGAACAUUGCUGCUGUCAGCAAGCCCAAGUCUAACAGUUCGUCAGUUCCUCCACUGAAGUACGUCAGUGAUUGGCCGGCAGUGGACCUGCACCUUGGUAACAUUGGCGGUGUCGCUGUAGACAACAGGCAGCAGAUGCACAUAUUCCACCGUGGCGAUAGAGUGUGGAGUGGCAUGACGUUCGAUCAUCACCAGAGACUACGAUCGCACCUACAGACACCAAUCACCCAGAAUACGAUCCUCACCGUCGACAGCGGCAGCGGCAGAAUAGAAUCACAGUGGGGUGCUAAUCAGUUCUACCUGCCGCACGGCGUGACUGUAGACCGCGACAAUAACGUGUGGGUCACCGACGUUGGCGCGCAUCAAGUGUACAAGUUCCCACCAGGUGGAGCUGCGAAACCGCUGCUGGUGCUGGGGAAGCGAUUCGAGCCGGGCGAUGAUAAUGAACACUUCUGCCAGCCAGCCGACAUUGCCGUGCACAGCAACGGAGACUUUUAUGUUGCUGAUGGCUAUUGCAACGCACGCAUCAUGAGGUUUAACCGGAAUGGUGACUUCAUCAGCAAAUGGAAUGUCGCCGAUGAUAAGGGCAUAUCGCCAAUUGUGCACAGCAUAACGUUGGCAGAGGACAAAGGUCUAGUGUGCGUGUCCCUACGCAUGGAAGCACGCAUUUCCUGUUACAAGAUGGACAGCACCUUCGUCAAGACACUACUGCAUGACGAAUUCCAGCCACAGCUGAAUGCUAUUGAAUACAGCCCUGUACUCGGUGGAGUGUUAUAUGCUAUCAAUGCUGUCCCACAAGUGACGGCAGAGACUCCCGUCACACAGGGGUUGACACUGAAUAUCACAACAGGUGAAAUCCUGGCCACCUGGAAACCCACAGCAAAUAACUUCACAUUACCACAUGAUCUAGCAGUUUCACCAGAUGGUGGCUCCGUCUUCGUCUCAGAGCUGAAAAUUGGAAUUGUUUGGAAGUUUCUUGCAGAGUCAAAAGAGCACCAGUCGGUGAAGAAAGCAACCAUAGGCAAUGAAAACAUCGUCAAUUCAAAAAAGAUUAAAGGUACAGCAGUGAAUCUGAACCCACAGAAACACUCUGUGAAGCUGGUGGCAAAGAACGUUGGCAGUGAAGAGGAAAGCUCUGAAGCAGGAGGUCAGGGAGACAUGAGUGCUUCCAUGAUCAUCAUGGCACUGCUCGCUGUUCCAGUCCUCCUCAUGAUCAUUAUUACGAUCAUCAUUCGUUUGAAGCGACAAGGGCGACUAAACAACAUACAGAGCUGGGUGACUGGCUAUCAGCCACCCUCGGACAAGUUCAACCUGGGAAACAUACUGAACAGGCACCAUGGCUUCGACCGCGUCAGCACAGAGGAGAGCGACCACGAGAUCGAUCCACUCAGAGACAGCGAUUCAGACGUUGAUGAGUUCACCGUUCCUAUCACAAAGGCCUGAGAGCACGCGUCCACAUUUUCCGCACGUUCGAAAUUCAUUCCCUGUCCCUGCCGGCAGCUUUCCUGGAAGGUUUCUGCCUUCUGGGAUCAGGGAAGACGGAGAACCCCCCAUGAUAUGAGGAUGAGCGUCUGAGGAAUGAAUUGCCUCGUUUAUUUGGGGUACCUAGUGGAUUAGUUCCUAGUGCAUUGCUCUCUCAACUAGACACGUAGUAGUGUGAAGCUUGUCUCUGAUAGGGCGUGUGUCCAUAUACGUGAUGGGCACUUACGUUUAUUGGCAUGGUCGGUGGAACACUUGCAAGUUAGAUUGGGAAAGUGGGUAAAACGAAGUUGUGGCUGUGUUACUUAUGAAUCUCGAUACCCCCCCCCCCUCGUAAUGUUGUGAGAGUUUAAGCAAAAGUGGAAAUCUCACUGCAAUGUAAUGGAAAUUUCUCUGUUGUCUUUUGAAUAUCCCACCACUCUGAAAUGAUCAUACCAUCACCACCACGAUACUUAACUAAAAAUACCACCACCAUAAUAUUCGACUAAAAAUACCACCAUUACAAUACCUCCAAUAAAAAUACCAUCAGCAUAUGCUAAUGAAAAUGCAAUCAUACAUUAUUAAAAAAUACUUCUACCACCACCUUUAUCACCGUGACCACAAACACCACCACUAAAUUCUCAUUAAAAAUACCACUACACAUUGAAAAUACCACAGCAUGCAGAAAUUUCCCUCGGCUGUGGGAUGGGGGAAACUUUUGUGCUAUAUUGUUAUAUAUGGUAUGUCUUGAAAUGUAGGCAAUGGGACUAUGUCGAAGUAUCUUCUAAAACAAAUAGUACUGGUUAGAGCAGCGACAAGUGAUUAGGUAGCAAAGUAAGACGUUUUUAUGUACUAUAGUUGCCGUUGACACUGACGGCCCUAACUGUUAACUCACACGAUAACGAUGAAAACCAAAGCUUACAUUUUUCCAUCAGAGUAAACUCACUUGAGACCUAAGUAAAUGGUUUCAUUACUUAGCAUACAGGUGGUACCUCUCCCAGCCCAAGGUAUUUCUCUGCUCCUGUAAGCCGAGGCAUGCAACAGUAUUCUGCUAUUAUAUAAAUGGUAGCAAAGUGUAAGAUGAUGCUAUCACAACCGUUUCCAUGGCGACACGUAGUAGUAGCUAGCGCGAAAUCUUGGUACUAUGGGCUUCAUGUUUCUAUUAUCUGUGUAGCAGUAACAAUACUACUAUGAGGAAAACAAAAUCGAACUAACUGCCGUUAAAACAUCUCAAUCAUUGUGUUUAUCUCAAUGUAUAGCUAGUUGACACUCUGUAAAUAGUUAGAUAAAUACAGUGUAUAAAUGUAUAAAUAUUACCAGUAAUAGGUCAAGCCUUUUAAAGCAGGAAGAUAUCCUUGCGGCGUCCGUGUUAGCCAACUUUUCGUUAUUAGUAGAACCAGUAUUGGCAAUUUUAACAUUUUUAAUUCUAUGAUAUCUCAGAUGUUAAAACUCGGCCUCCUGCUAAGUGUUUCUAUUCCAGAUUAGUGAACCGUCCCCUAUUUCAUUCGUGCAAAUUUACGCUACACUUUUAAGUGGCAAUACAAUGUACGAUUCACUCCACGCACAGAACAAAUUAUUAUAACCAAUCCCAUUUUAUUUCUAUGAUCAAAGGAGAAGUUUGUCAUGUCCCCAGGCAAAAUAGUUUAGUUACGCUCCUGAUCAGUAAUACUAGCUAUUUUAAUAUUGAUACCCGUUUAGUAUAGUUCGUUUUAGGAGAAAGGCAUUCCACUAUGACGUUCCGUAUUCAAGCUUGUUAAAUGAAUUUGGAGAGAGAUUUUUUGUACGAGCUGAUACUGCAAAGUGCAGCUUUUACAUUUUGUUCUGUGAUGCCUGUGCUCACCCGUGGUUUUUUUGUCCGUUAACAUAGCAAACGCAGCCUGUUCGCUCCCAUGUAGCCUCGGCUGAAUGUUUGUUAGCGAUUCGGUGUUGUGAUGUCUCCCAACCUUCUGUAACGUGCUACUGAUCACGGCUGCUGGUCUGGUAGUGUUGUUAGUGCUGUUGUUUGCUGAACGUCACAGAUACGUGAACGCAUCUAAACUGACCAAGGCACCUUGGCAGAUACGAACAUGCUACUAGGAGAACGUGUUAUCUGUAUGAUGCAAUUAGUUAGACUCUGCCAUGACAAUAUUGCACUGCCAUGCACUACAGCAAGCUAAAACGCACUCUAUGUCACAUGCUUGUAGUUUUUUAUCCAAGCACUUGCCUGUAAUCCAAUCGUGUAACCUUCUCUAAAUAAUUUUCGUGAUCAUACCAGGAGUAUGAUAAUAUCAGGAGUAAGAUAAUAUAGGUGUAAGAUAUGGAGUAAGAUCAGGAGUAAGAUAAGAUAUUAUAUUAUCUUACUCCUGAUAAUAUAGGAUCCUAUAUUAUCUUACUCCUGAUCAUACUUAAAAGUAUGACGUACAUUAUUUUUUUAACUAACCUAGUUACUACUAUGGUUGUGGACCAUCUACUUGCGCAUAGCAAUAUGUGUAAAGCAAAUGAGCAAAUAUCCGUAACUAAACUAAUAUAUUGAAAUACUGUAAUAGGCUGUAUUUAUUUCAGUUGAGGUAAAUAUCUUGAUGCAGUCGGCUGAAAAUGAUAUAUAAUAACGUCAGUUUAGAGCAAGUACACAGUAUAUAUGUUAUGUUAUUUAUAUAUGUCAUAUGAGUUUAUGUCUGCAUUCAUCCAGUUGUUAAUGUAACUAGUUAUGUGCUCCAUGUUGAAAAAUUGUAUAUAUGGUAAAUAAAAAUUUAUAUAUAACA